CCGCUAGGGGGCGGUGAAGCUCGGGUCCGCCGCGCACGCGUGUCUGGGUCGAGAAAAGGUGUUUGCACACUCGCGUGCGCGAUGGACGAUGCUGGACGUCACCUCGACGGUGGAAGGGGGGGACGGCGGCUCCUCGUUAGGUUCGGCCUCAGUCCUGCGGGUGGUUUGAUUUGGUCUCGACUCGACCCUCCAGAGAAGAAUCGCUCCCGGUCUUCUGACACAGCGGCGCCAUGGCCCGGCCAAACCUGUGCGACCCCAAGUUGGUGCUCGAUCCGCACAAGAAGCUGGAAGAGAAGCGAGCCCCCCUGAAGAGCUGGGCGAACACCUCCAUGGGGAAGGACCGGAGGCAGCAGGCCCGGAGGCCUGACAUGGCUAUGGACUGCAUUGAGGAAAAUGGCCACAGACAUGAUGAGCGGGGCACUGACAGCACCAUCCUCCUGCAAUAUGGCUCGCUCGACAUGGCCCCCAGCUUGCUGAUGAGAGACAUGGAGGUGGCCAUGGAGAAACUGGGCCUCACCUUUGUGAAGAUCUACGCCUUGGACAUCUUCUGUGACAUGAUGCGGAAGCAGUCCAGUUAUGCCUUGCAGAGCCCCGAGCUGCCCAGCGGGUUCACCAGCUGCACGCGGGCCAUCCUGGUGGACUGGCUGAUACAAGUUCACGACGCCUUCCACUACAGCGAGGAGACGCUGUACCUGACCGUCCACCUGCUCAACAGGUGCAUGCGGAGCUGCAGGGUGUCCAUCGCCACCUUCCAGCUGCUGGGCAUGGCCUGCCUGUUCAUCGCCAGCAAGAGGGAGGAGUGCCUGCUGCCUGAGGUGUCAGAGCUCUGUUUCCUGAUGGAGAACACCUACAGCAAGAAGCAGCUCCUGCGCAUGGAGAGGCACGUGCUGAAGGAGCUGAAGUACGACCUCUCCUACUGCUACCCUCUGCACUUCCUCCUGCUGAGCGGCACCAUCACCCGCUACAGCGCCCAGGUGCUGUGGAUGGCCCGGUACUUCCUGGAGCUGACGCUGCUGGAGCCCCAGUGCCUGGUCUUCCAGCCGGUGCAGCUGGCCAGUGCUGCCCUCUGCCUGGCGUGCAGGGUACUGCAGGGUCAGCUCUUCCCGGCAAGCGAGAGGGCCUGGAUGACAGCCGGAAGCAUCUAUAUCUGCAGCGAGCGCACGGCGCAGCGCAUCCUGCACUACAUCGCCCGGCUGGUGAUGCGCGCGGGGGCCUCCGAGACCCAGGCCACCUUCCUGAAGUUCUCCAGCGUCACGAGGCUGCAGGUCAGCCUGCACCCCUGCCUGCAGAGCGUGCUGCCCCUGCUGGGGCUGCUGUGAGCCCCCCGCUGCCCCACGCAGGGUCGGGACGAAGCGCUUCGGAGGAGUGGGGCGCGUCCUGCUUGUGGCACUUCCUCCACGGGCCUCGGAGGGGCGCCGUUCCUCACAGAUUCAGCUCCCGGAGGAGAUGCGGGCUCUCCUGGGUUUUCCUUUCCACUCCAGCUCUUAAUUAUCCGUUGCAGGGAAUGUUGUGUUUUUGUUUUUUCCUUACAGACUGUUUUACUGUGGAUUAAAAGAUGUAGCUGCCACCUCCUCCCCUCCCCUUCCAAAUUAGAAGUGUUCAGUUCCUUUGGCAUUGCAUUCUGCCCGUAGUCCGAAUGAAUGAAGACUGAGCUCCUGGGGCCUGAGGCUGGCAGCUCUGUCCAUCCCAGAGUGACGUCUGAUCUUGCCACAUCAUCACAUAGAUGUUUUGGGAGGGAGGUGUUUCUCAGGGAUGUCUGAUGCCCUAGAAACGUGUCUGUCUAAUGAAGAAGAGGUCUGACUGGGGGCUGAGUGAGCAGUGGAGACAGUAGACUUGAGACUGUUUGCGUGCUCCUGAGUUCCUCAUUCUCAGCUUGUCGUGUACUUUUAGGAUUUUUACGGAAUUUUGGACGAGGUGUAAAAUGCCAGAACGUGCCGGUCUGUUGCAGCACAGGAUUUUAACAUCGUAAUUUUGCGCAGCUGUUGAAGCAGCUUGUGUGGGAAAGGGCAUUGUUUUUUUUUUACUGAGCCGGGGGGGGCUGAAUCGCAGGGGAGACCGGCUUGAAUCAUGGGACGCUUUCCGCCACCCGGCCAGACGCAGGACCCCGGCCUGGUUCUAGGUGCUUCCUGUUGGGCAGGAGGAGGAAACCUCUGACGGGCUGGCGGGUUCAGUCCUUGCACAAAAUUCUUCUCCAGUAAGACUCGGAUACGAGAAUGGGCUUCCUAAGAGAGCGAAAAGCGAAGCCACAAGAGUGACCUCUGUGUCCUACGUGAUUAGUUAGCAGAUCCUCCCUGUUCCAUCAAACACAACUUAAUGCCAGGAAGUGGUCAAGGGGGGAAGUAAUUAGGUGUUGCACCAUGCCUUUUGGCUUAAGAGUGUACCAUAUUGGUGUGCAGCACUGAAUUAUCUUCCCCAUGUCACUUCCUCUCCAUCUGUUUAGGAAGUUCCCGAAAUAGCUUUAACUGGAAUAGGCUCACGAAUUACAAAUGUGAGCUGUGAGCAACUCUGAAUGUUAUGUGAUGAGAGGAGGAGCUCAGAAUAAGGAAAACUGGUGCUGAUUUCUCUGUAGGUUGGAGAUCUUUCCUCAGAACUGUUCUUUCAGCUGCUGUUGGUCUGGGUAGUCUGAUUUUUCUCAGGUGAAGGCUGUGAGAAAUCUGUUGCUGUUGUCCAUUUCUGAUGACGGCCCUGUGGUCGCCUGAAGUGUUUUUAAGUUGGUCUUUGUAAACCCCUUGACUUUGUAUCGCACUUGUUUGAAAAAGAAAAAAAGAAAAAUUUUAUUCUUGUUAAAAUAAACAGUUUGUAAUGUC